AUGCAAGAUAUAAACAAGACCCAUCUAUCUAACUUCAUUCUGUUAGGAUUCUCAGAACGUUCUGAAGUGGAGAUACCCUUGUUUGUGAUCUUCCUUCUGAUCUAUCUUCUGACUCUGACAGGAAACCUGGGUAUGAUUGUGCUGAUCCAGACAGACCCCCACCUGCAGUCUCCAAUGUACUUUUUCCUGAGUAAUCUAUCCUUCAUUGACAUCUGCUACUCUUCCAUCAUCCUCCCCAGACUACUCUAUGACCUCCUUGCUGAUAGGAAGGUGAUCUCAUACAUAGCCUGUGCAGCUCAGAUGUGGUUCUUCACCUUGUAUGCCACCACAGAGUGUUACCUUCUGGCUGCUAUGGCUUAUGAUCGUUUUGCUGCAAUUUGUAACCCCUUGUUUUAUCCUGUUGCCAUGGCCAAAAAGGUCUGUCUGCAGCUUGUGGCUGGGUGCUAUAUGGUAGGACUUGUGAAUGCCUCUGUCCAUGCUUGUGGUAUCUUUAGGCUGUCUUUCUGUGGCCCUAAUGAAAUCAACUCCUUUUUCUGUGACAUUCCACCUUUGCUACGCCUCUCAUGUUCAGACAGCUAUGUUUCCAAGGUGGUGCUCUUUGUCCUCUCCACUUUUGUCGUGGUAGCAAAUGCAGUGAUCGUCUUUGUCUCCUACUCGUACAUCAUUUCUACCAUCUUGAGAAUGCAGUCAUCCACAAGUAGGCAGAAAACCUUUUCAACGUGCGCUUCUCACUUGACAGCCAUUAUACUGUACUAUGGCUCUUUGACUUUCAUGUAUGUGCAACCUGGAGGGCUUGAGGCAGUGGAGCAAGACAAAAUAGUGUCUGUAUUCUACACUAUUGUCAUCCCCAUGCUCAAUCCUGUAAUCUACAGUAUGAGGAAUGAAGAGGUGAAAAAAGCCAUGAAGAAAAGGCUGUGCAAGAAAAUCUCCAGUCAACAUCUGAAGUUGUGCAGUUUUCACAUUUCACAUGGUGCUGAUGGUAAAGUCCAAGUAAAUGAUAAGGGAUGCCCUCUUAUAAAUCAGUGA